UUGUGUCUCCAUCUGGUUGAUUAUCUCUUUUCAUCACCUGAUUGUUGUUGAUUUGGUCUUUACAAUUUUCAAUUUGUUUUGGUUUUGUGAAUUUAAUUUUUCUUUUGAUUUGGUGAUUCGGUGUUUACCAGAAUUGAACCAUGAGCAAUACACUGAUGGACGAUCAUCCUAAUUUGGAUGCCAAUAGUUUACUGAGUGAAUUGGACAAAGGUUUGCGAAGUCAAAAGAUGGGGGAAGAGUGUGAGGCCAUUGUUGGUUUUCCUUGGCUUUUUAUCCGUUAUCCAUUUCCGAUUUUAAUUAAUUCGGCAUCGCUCAAAUUGGCUGAUGUUUUUCGAAAUGGUUCCAAUUUUUCUCGUCUUCUCAUUCUUAAAGUUAUUCACGAGAGUGAGAAACAUUUGGAUAAGAUUAUAAAUAUGGAUGAAUUUGUUCGCCGGCUCUUUACCGUCACUUAUUCUAAUGAUCCAAUUGCCCGAAGUAUCACUUUAAGAGCACUAGCAAGUGUUUCUUGUAUAAUUGCUGAGAGGAAAAAUAUUCAUCAUGUGAUAAGACAUUCUCUGGAUGCUGAGGAUAAAACUGAAUCUCUUUCUGCGGUUGAAGCUGCUGCCGCUUUUUCAAAACGUUCAGUUGAUUUUGCUCUAUCCAUUUAUCCGAAAGUUUUAACACUCAUGUCAAAUCCGGAAACAUCUUUAGAGAAAAAGAUUCGAUUACUUUCAAUUCUUCAUCAUUCUCAUUACAAUUCACAAGUUGCCAAAGAUGUUAAAGAUGUUUGUUUACAAUUUCUCUCGGAAAAGAAAAGCUCUGAAAAACUUGUAUGUGCGAUUCUCAACACUUUAACCUACAUCGCAACCACUUCACUAUUCGCUAUACCUGAUCACAUUUCUCUUCUAUUGAAACAUUUUCGCUCCGAUGGAAGACCAAGAGUUAAAAUCUCUAUCAUCAAAGAGUUGACCACCAUGGCUCGCACAAGUCCCCACCUUUGGUCCAAAGAAAAUGUUCAAGAUUUUCUUCAAUCCGUGCGAUUAGUUAUUCCAAUUCUAUCCAAAAGACCAUCCUUACUUUCUCGUAUUAUGGCGAUUUUUGUGUAUCUAGUCAAGUGUCCCUGCCUUCUGGCCGCUGAUGUCAAUUUUAUCGGUCCUUUUUAUCGGGAACUUGAGAAACUUUGUCUCACCGUUUACAAUAAUUGCCUUAAAUCAACCGAUAUAACAGAGAUCCAGAAAAACCUAAGACUUAUCGCCGUUUCUUUUCAACUGAUGAACGCUCUGUCUCGACACUCUGAUCAAAUCAAAGCUCAAACAGUUCAAUAUCUAUUGGAUUUCAUUAAUUCUCAAGCAACCCAAGAACAUGAUAUUCCAACAAGUGAGGAAGACGAAGAAGCUUACAAUAUAAUCUGUGUUUGUAUCAAGAAUAUGUGUAAUGCCAACAUCGCUGUUUCGAAUCAACUGGUGUCUUGUUUAGAAUCCAAAUUGAAACACAACACAUUGUCGAAUCGUUGGAUUGGUUAUACUUGUCAAAUUUUCUGCUCUCUUCAGCAUCUAAACGUUUCAAAGGAUUUUUUGGUUCAUCUUUCCGAGAAAAUAAUCAAACUGGCUAGUGAUGAAUCGAUUGAUGAAACCAUUUUGACACAACUUGUUACACUUUACUUUCAAGUGUCAACUCGUCUUGAUGUCAAAUGCUCAUCUGAAUUCACCUCUCACCUGAAAGGGAAAUCUCAUUGGUUUUAUUAUAAAAUUAUUCGACAAGCAAUGAGAUAUGGACACUAUCAUGUUUCACAGAUUUUCUGUCAAUUGUUACAAAAUGCCGCUUCUUCGGAAAAUGUUCAUUUCUGGAUGUUGGGACUCUUCAAAAUCUCAAUCGCUGAAAGUUUAUUGGCCAAUUCAAAAGAAGGACCAAGACUGACCAAUGAUUUAAUUCAAGCGAUAACUUUAUACUCGGAAGCUCUUUCAGCAUUCAAAGCUUCCGGUUCUGGAUCUUAUUGUAUCAUUUUCGCAAGUGAAUAUGUUCGCCUUCGUUGUAAACUACUUCGAGCUCAUGCAACUUUAAGACAAUCUUGUAAUCUUGCGAGAACUUCACCUCCUUCAGCAAUGGCCAGUUCGACGGCAACCGCUUCUCGCGAUGAACUAAUGAAAUAUGGAUCAGUGGUCACCCAAAUGAGAAAGUGUGCUAAAGAUUUUCGUUUACUAGCCGAUGCUUAUUCUUGCCUCUAUCAAACCUCCUUCAACGCCGAUAAUGAAACUCUCUCCCAUCUCCAGUUAAUCCAACACAGUUGUACAAUUGUCGCUGAAGCAAUUGAAUCAGUUUUCCAGACCAAUCGAUUGAGUUCACUUUUCGUUAACAAAGACACUCACCUUGAAAGUGAUCGAAUAACCGAUUCUCUCGAAGCCUCAAUCGAAUACAAAAAGCUCAACAAUGCCUGUCAUGAGAUCUCGAAAAUUGUUCGAACCUGUUUGAGUGAUCAACAGAAAAAUUCAAUUGGAGGAGCAGCGAUUGACUGUAAACAUAUUGCAACGUUACUUUCGCUGUCAAUUAAAUUACUUCAGGUGCCACUUUGUAUUCCAAGAUUAUUUUUCCAAUCGAUUCAAAGUACUUGCAUCAAAUUGGCCAUCUCACCUGUUCCCAAAUCGGCCAAUGAUGCAAUACAAACUCAGAACAAUAUUGCAUUUGCCCUGAAGGUUGAAGGUGUUAUCGUUAUUGGCUCAUCGUCACGGAUUUUACGAAAAGUGUCAAAGGUUAUGUUGAACGUAAACUCUUGUCUGGUCAACAAAACAGGAGCGGGACCUGUUGAUUCACUUGGUAAACCUUUGGACACAAAUGUCACUCUUCAAUCAUUAGUCACUCCUCACAAUGAUUAUUUCCAAGAACAAUUUUUACUCGAGUUAAAAACGGUUGGACUUCACGCGAUUAACAUUGAAGCUUCAAUAAUCGAUGAGCAUGAAGCUCAAUGGAAAACUGGACCGGUUGUUAAUUUGUCAGUAAAAGUGAUGGAAGAUAUUUCAAAAUAAAAAAAAGAACAUUAAGAAAACAAAUAA